AUGCAUGUCCGACUUAAUGGGCGACGGUGGAAUCACAGGAAUUCUACACGAUUAAGUUCAGCGGUAUGAAGAACUCAUUUUGUUCUGUAGGGUCGGAAUGUUUAAAAUGGGAAUGUCGGUGACGAUUAUUAAAAUCUCCUUGCUUAAUAAAAAAUAGUUAAACAAAACUAUUUUUAACUAAGGUUUUAUUAAUUUUAUGAAAUUUUCACGUUUCCAAAUUAUAUUCAUAAAUACUGAUUAAGAUACAUAAAUGUGAAUGUAUACAUGUCAUAAUAAUAAAAAUUUCAGAUAUCUAUGAAAAAUUUCGUUAUUUUACUCACUAAGCUUUAUAUUCAAAUCCAAUACCAAUUCAGAAUCCACGACAUAAUUCCUAUACUUAACACAACUAAAUUGACAAUAAAAAAAACAAUUGAAGUCAUCGACAUUACCUAACUUCUGAUUAAUCAUUAUUAUCAUCCUAUCCUCCAGUCGCGUCGCCAGGUGUCAUGACAGAAAACAAGCAGAUCAGUAUGGCUGCCAGUGCUAUCGCUCUCCGAGGAGUGCGGCUGUUCCUGAACGCCGGCAAAGCUGCUGCAGACCGUCCCCAGACACAGGCAGCACAACCCGCCAAGUCCAAGCGCAAGGAGAAGAAGGCAGUCGGCACGAAGCCUCCGCAGAAAGUUUUUGAGAUGCUGUUGAAGUCUUCAAGGUUUAACAAGCCUGAAAUAGAGGCUCUCUACACGAUGUACCGCAAACUGGUGGCGAGCGCGCAAGCCGCUGCCCCAGCCACUGCUAUUGGACACUCUCCUAAGAUUGAUGGUAUAGACCAAAGCACGUUCCGCGACGUGAUGCACAACACCUUCGACUUGGUGACGGAGGAGGCGAUCCUCGAGCGCAUGUGGAUGACGUGGGAGAGGGGGGCGGUGGGCGGGGAGGGGGCACUGCGCUUCGACUCCUGGGUCAAGGGGCUCAGUGUGCUGCUGCGAGGGAACACUGAGGAACGUAUCACCUACUGCUUCAAAGUCUACGAUCUGAACAACGACGGGUUUAUUACUAAGGAUGAAAUGUUUUUGUUGCUACGGAACUCGCUCCUCAAACAGCCAGGCGACGAGGACCCUGACGAGGGAGUGCGGGAGCUGGUGGAGUUAGUUCUGAAGAAGUUGGAUGUUGACAAAGAUGGAACUGUUUCGAUGGAUGAUUACAGACAAGCGGUAGACCAGGAGCCUUUACUUCUCGAAGCAUUUGGACAAUGUCUGCCAUCGAAGAGGCAUUGUACCACCUUCCUCAAAACACUUGCGAAUAAGUGAAAGUUAUGCGUAACGUUAUUUGUUAAAUGUGUUAUAAUAAUUUUAAGAAUAUAUGAGAUAAUUUAAGAAUUCCGCCGAAGCGUUUAUAAGAAGUUAACUUUGUGAUCGUUAUGAUUUUUUUUAGGGAAGUAAAAUAUUUUACGUAGAUACUCGUAAGUAUACAUGUCUAUACGGAAGCAAUUAAUGAAAUUCAAGGAGCUUUUUAUCAUGUAGCAACUAUUCCCUAAAAGUCUUGGAUCUAAUCCAGUCAAUCUUAAACCUACGUGCAAACUUACUGAUCCUCGAAAAACAUAUCUUCAAAGAAAGUUAGCAAUGUGAGUUGCCUUGUUCGUUGAAAAUCGUUUGAAAUAAUAAG